AUGGCAAAAAAGAGAAGGGUCAUCAGCCAGGCCUUCUCGGAUAAUACACUCAAGUCUUACGAGGGGGUCAUUCUUGAGCAGGUUCAGCACCUGUGCAACGCUUUGCGAAAGGGUACUGAUGGCAAACCAGUUCCUGUUGGAUCUUGGUCACCCCCAAAGGAUACUGCCCAUCUCAGCGAUUACUUCACUUUCGAUGUAAUGAGCAACGUUAUCUUUGGAGUGCCAUGGUCCACUCAGCGUGAUCCAAAAUACCGCUUUGUUCCGGACGUCAUCGAGAGAUCCAAUGUGCGCGUUGGUGCAUUGGCUCAGGCUCCUGAGCUGGCUUUCUUACGACUCGACAAGUACCUGUUUCCAGACGCUAUCCAGGCUCGUGACAAAUUCAUCCAUUUUGUGGAAGAAAUGUUACGCCAGGGAAUUCAAGCAUCGACUAAGACAGGAAAAGGAGCAUUUUCAAUCUUGAGCAAAGCGAUUGACCCAGAAACAGGUCUCCCUCUUCGCAUGAAAGAGCUGGCAGGCGAGAGUGCCACUCUGAUCGUUGCCGGCACUGAUACAACUUCGACUGCUUUGGCGGCUUGUUUGUUUUAUCUGUCCCACCAUCCCAGUGCACUAGAAAGAGCCACUUGUGAAGUCCGCAGCGUAUUUGAGUCCCCAGAUUUGAUCGGCAUGGGCACACAGAUGCACCAGUGUGUCUUCCUGCGUGCCUGUAUUGAAGAAAGUAUGCGCUUGUCCCCAUCUGCGGCUAGUUCGCUGUGGCGAGAGGUGACGGACACAGGUGCAGAUGUUGACGGUCAAUACCUUCCACCUGGGGUAGACGUGGGAACCUGCAUCUACAGCAUCCAUCAUAACCCUGCCUACUAUCCGCAGCCUUUCUCUUUCCGCCCCGAGCGAUGGAUCGCGAAUGAAGCUCACCUUGUCCAGAGCGACGUCGAGCUAGCCCGAUCUGCCUUCAACCCCUUCUCAAUCGGCCCCCGUAGCUGCAUUGGAAAAGGCCUAGCAUAUGUUGAACUCCAUCUUGUUUUGUCGCAUGUGCUUUGGGCCUUUGAUCUGCAUCUAGCACCGGGGGAGCUCGGUCACAUUGGUGAAGGCAAGGAGGAUGCUCCUUUUGGACGGCAUCGGGUGAAUGAAUUCCAGCUAUGGGAUCAUUUGACUUGUGCUAAACAUGGACCGUUUGUGGAAUUCAAACCGCGGAUCUAG